CCUCGCAGCAAGCCCGACCCGAGCGACCCACAAUUUUUCUUCGCAGCGGAUACCAGAAUCUUGGCAAUGCGGCCAAAGUUUUGAGCUUCCUUUACCCUGGCAGCCCUCGAUUUCUUCUUCCUUUCUGCCAACAAGUUUCUGCACAGCCGCUUUGACGUGCGCACCACGCUCUCUCUCGUACUAGGGUCUCACAGCAAUCUUUGCAACGUCUGUUCCCUUCUUUUCCUCCCUAUCUACCCUGAAAACAUCCACAUAAAAAUGGCUGCUAUGCUUCCCGCGAGCGUCUAUGGCCUUCGGGUCCCCGCCGGCGGAUUCCCCGUUCCCGGCGCCCAAAAGUUCCCUGCCUCUUUUCGCAUCACCAUGGCCGCCAUCGAUCCCACUGCUGAACCGCAGAUGGACGAGGAGAACAAGGCUUUGCGUUCGACCCUCAAGAUCAUCCGUCUCCCCAUGAGCGAAGACGACGAGGACGAUGAGGAUGACGAGGACUACGAUGAAGACAGCAUUCAGGCGAUCAAGGAACGCUUGAAGGGAAUCAUCUCUGAUGAGGAGGAUUCUGAGGAGGAUAGCGAGGACGAGAAGAACGGCGGUCCUAGUGAUCCCGCCAAGUCCAAGAAGGCGAAGCAGGCAGCUCUAACCAAGAAGCUGCAGGAGGAGCUCGAUGAGGAGAUGGAGCUUGACUCCUCCUUCACGAACGGCAUCAAUGGCGCGAGCUCCAAGGGCAAAGGCAGGGCUAACGACGACGACGAAAUCGACAGUGAGGAAGAGGACGAUGAGGAUGAUGAGCCGGAAGAGUUUGUGAUCUGCACUCUGGACCCCGAGAAGAACGCCCAGCAAACCCUCGAUAUCACUGUGGGUGAGCACGAGCAUGUCUAUUUUUCGUCCACAGGCACGUACGACAUCUACCUCACCGGAAACUAUGUCUUGCCUCCCGAUGAGUUUGGCGAGGGUUCUGAGGAAGAUGAGGAAGACGACGACAUGGACUAUGAUCUCUCGCCUGAUGAGGAUGAACUCGACGACAUCUCCGAUUCCGAGGAGGACGAACUUGAUGGCAUGGGAAAUCCUCGUAUCACCGAGAUUGACACUGACGAGGAGGAGGCACCCAAGUUGGUUGAGGCUGGCAAAAAGGGCAAGAACAAGCGCCCGGCCGAGUCCGAGGAUGAGGCCAACCUUGAUGACAUGAUCACCAAAAGCAAGGAGGCUGCCACGAAUGGCGACAAGUUGAGCAAGAAGCAGGCGAAGAAGCUCAAGAAGAACGACGGAGAGGCUGCUCCCGCAGAGCCUGCAAAGAAGGAGACGCCGAGCAGCGAUAAGAAGAAGGUCCAGUUUGCGAAGAAUCUUGAGCAGGGCCCCACUGGCUCGCCCAAGGUUGAGGAGGCGAAGAAGGCAGAGCCCAAGAAGGAAGCGCCCAAGACUGGUCCUCGCAAUGUCGGUGGUGUUCUGGUUGAGGACAAGAAGCUUGGCAAGGGUCGGGCUGCUAAGAAGGGCGACCGCAUUGAGAUGAGGUACAUUGGCAAGCUGAAGAAUGGCAAGCAGUUUGAUGCCAACAAGAAGGGGAAGCCGUUCUCCUUCAAGCUCGGCGUCGGUGAUGUGAUCAAGGGCUGGGACAUUGGUGUUGCUGGCAUCUGCCCCGGAGGCGAACGUCGCCUGACGAUACCCGCCAAACUUGCCUAUGGAAGCAAGGCGCUUCCGGACAUUCCUGCCAACUCCGACUUGAUCUUCGACAUCAAGUGCAUAUCCGUUAGCUAAACUCAUCGCUUGUCGACCGCACCGACCGUACACUAAAGGCCCACCUUCCUCAUGUAACGACUAAAGUUGAUGUACCCCACUCGUGCGCAUUCGGCCCGCACAGCAUGCGGUAUUCG